GAAGUUUGUGUUUUUAUUUCUGCUACGAACAGUUUUCACCGAGUGACAAGAUGCUGAGUGGAUUAUUGACACGAACACAAUGCCACCGUAACUAAGAUAUCGGACUGUGUUACCGCUAAACCUUAACUAAAGGUUGAAGGAGGACCGAACGCAAGCGUCCACUCUGCUGAAGUGUCUUUGAGCAAGUCUAAUUACCGUAGCUGACCUCUGACCUUGAGUCGGAUGUGGACAAAUGAUGAACAAGUAAUCAAGGGUCAUAUAUAAGUGGUGAAUAAGCACUUAAGAAUGAGCAAGUGGGGAGACAGACUGAAGAAGGUUGAGCAGCUCGCUCAGUCAUUCCAGCUGAAUCCUCUGGCCUCGCGCUACAAACCUCGACUGUGGCCGUGCCAACCCUCCUCCGUCUGGAAACUCUUCCCUCGUCAAAGUAUGGCUAUGACCUUCGCUCAGAGCUGCAGAGAGACUGUCCAUGUUUUUGCACUUGAAAAAGAAAAGGCGGCCCUGGGUCAAAGGAUCUACCUUGUUACCAGUUACAGUGAGCUGUGGCAUUAUUACAGGGUUUACACACAGACCUUGAUGCACUGCUAUGAGGUGAUACCAGAAGGUGCUAUUUGUAAGCUUUACUUUGACUUGGAGUUCCACAAGCCAUCGAACAAAGGAGCCGAUGGGAAAGAUAUGGUGUCCUCACUUAUCCAGUAUGUUUGUGACAAGCUGAUGGAAGUUUAUGGGAUCGAGUGCUCCACAAACAAUGUCCUCAACCUGGACUCCAGCACAGAAGAGAAAUUCAGCCGACAUCUGAUCUUUAAUCUCCAAAGUGUGGCUUUCAAAGACAACAUACAUGUGGGGAGGUUUAUCCAUGCAAUUCUGCAGCCGCUCCUGCACACACCCACAGGUGGAAGUUGCCUGGAUGUUGGAAGGACUUCAGUGGCAGAAAACAUUGAAAGAUGCAGAUCACAUGCUGCUUCUGUGGGGACGCCUGCAAAGACGGCUGACAUGGCGGAGAGUCCAAAGACAAAGAGGCGCAAGCUGGAAGAGAAAGACCUGACCUUCCUCCAGGUGAAGAACAAGGACGGCCGAGGCGGUCUCUUCGUUGAUCUUGGUGUUUACACCAAGAACAGAAAUUUCCGCCUUUACAAGUCAUCAAAAGUGGGAAAGAACGCCGCGUUCACGGUGGCGGACGACAACAAGUUCAUCGCCAAACCUGAGAAGGGAAUUUCUGUGGAGGAAAGUGUCUUCUUGGCUUCCUUAGUCUGUAAUUUGAGUUUCACAGGUCAGAGAAUUCUGACAUGGGACGUCCCAGAAACCAAGGACGCCAAAACCUCAAGACCUCUUUACCAGCCGGGAUCAGACAUUAAUCCAGAUUCACUUUCUGGCUGCCUGUCGUCUCCUCAUCAGGAAGUGGACCGCUUUGUGUUAACUGUGGUUAGAAAAGAUGGCGUACACGGAGCCAUCAGACGAUGGAACUACUUCGCUGCUGAUCAACUGCUCGUCUACGACAUCGCAAAGUACCGCUGGUGUGAAAACGUGGAAAGGUUUCAUAAAAGCAACAACAUCAUGAUCGUUGUGGAUCUCAAAGAGGAAGUCUGGUACCAGAAGUGUCACGACCCCGAAUGCAAGAACUUCAGGUCCUCAAGUCACCCACUGCCCCCAGAGAUCUGUGUCAGCUACAUCAUGACCCUGGAUGAUGAAGACCAGGCUUACUUAAUGGACGACGCCGGCAACAUUGAACCCAGCCAGGCGCCGAACCGGGUCCCGCAGAGCGCGGCGUCUCGAGAGGGGGGAUCCGCUGACGUGUGGGGAGACGGCCGGGACGACCAGGACUUCUUACAGAGCCUGGACGACUUUGAACAACACACCGAGGACAUCUCUGAUCAGCUCCUGCUCAAAUGUAUGGCAGACUUUGAUUCCCAGUAGACAUGAGAUUCACUUUAAGACCCCUGUUAGCACAUUUAAAUCCAGGAUACAUGGAUUAAUGCACUUCAUGGACAGUUUUAGCAGAAGAAAUGAGGUUUCUAGCUACCAAAACGUCUAGAAGUCACGGAUGCCCUUUUCUAGAUCCUUUAGAAAUAUGUUUCCCGUUUUAAGAGACAGAAACUAAAUAUCAGUUUUGGAAGAAAGUGUUUAUUUGGUACAGUAGAUAUUAAAGCUACUGCACUUCAAACUCCAGCACAAACAAGUACAAUAUGGCUUGAACUGUCAAGGAGGCCCCAACAGAAGUAGAUGUGUGCAAUGAUCAUAAUUCAGACUGAUGCCUUCAUGGACCAUCAGUCAAAGUUCAUGCUGAACAGGAUGUGGAAUUAAUGUAGAAAAAACUGUCUCCUCCAGAUAUUCACCCUGAAGGCUCGUGUAUUAUACAAAUGACAGUUUGCAGCUUCAUCCUGCAACAAAAUGUGAAAAUCUAAAAGUGUGAGCUACAUGUACAGCAGAGUAACGUUCGUCAUGCACGUUACAGGAAAACAAAAACAACCAAAAAAGGCACAAAAAGUCCGUCAAGCAACAAUAUUCCCGACUCAGCUGUGCAUUAAAGCAGGUUCAUCAGUUCUUCAUCCUAAAGCACCGAGCGAUGUGGGAAUGCAGGAAAUCAGCAGCUCUACUCUGCAUACAAAAAGACUGAGCAGAUACUAUUUACAGCUUCAACGAUUACAUUCAAUAUCACCUUAAAUAGAAAUAACCAAAACAUUAAAUAGUCUGGCACAUAAAUAUUCAGUAUUUGUCACGGUUGUAAAAGCAUAAGAUUUCUUUUUUCUGCAGCUCCCAAGAAUAAAAAAAAAAUAGAAAUAUUUUGAGGGCCGGACCUUUCUGACAGGACGAGGUCAGAUUUAAUGGCAGUUAAAGCUCAAUCGAGUCACGUUUCCCUUAAUUAUACGAGCGAAACCGCGAUUUUCCGAGCUAAUUAAACUGAUAGCUAAAUGAUUGUCGCCUUCCCGGCAGUGCCCCCCCGUCCCCGUCCCCGUCCCAGUUUACAUCUUAAUGUUGGCGUAGAGUUCAUCGAUUUGCUGCCUGAAGCGGCUGCGGAGCUCGGCCCUCUUGGCCUUCAGGGUGGGGGUCAGCAGGCCGUUCUGGACUGAAAACAUCUCGGGAUGUAAGGUGAUAUCUCGCACCUGCCGACAACAACAGAGCGAAAGAUGAAGGAUUAACACAGAGCGAAACAGUUAUCUUCUGUUACUGAUUGAUCUGCUGGUUAUUCUCUGGAUUAAUCGUUUGGUUUAUGAACAUAAACAUCGUGAAAAACGUCUGUCACAGGUUUCUGAAGCUGAUCUGUCUUCAAAUUGCUUGUUUGUCCAAAAGCAGCACAUUAUCAUAAAUGAUAAGAUGUAACUUUGGUACUUAAACAGCUAAUUGUUUAUCAAAGUAUUUGGUGAUUCUAAUCAAUGAAAUCGAUUAAUCGUUUUAGGUCUGGUUAGAAGAGGAGAAACACAAAAUGAUGACUGAAUCAGAGUCGCGUUGAAAGAAGUUUCUGUUGCUCAAAUGAAUGAAAAAUGCAGAUUGUUGAGGAUGAAGUCAAACAUGGCAACCGUCACCUGCUCAAAAGACUUGAGUCCGGCGUCUCUGCCCAGCCUCAGGAUGUCCUCCAGAAUGGCACUUUUCACGUCCUGAAAACAGGCAGAGAUGUUAGCACGCGCAGCAGGCGGCGCUGAACGUCCGGGCCGCUGACAGCGACGACUCUCACCUUGUUAUUGCACAGUUCAGAGUAGGACCCUUCAAUCCCCUUUUUCUUGAUCCAGAUCGGUAAAAAGUCUGGAUCAGGUACCACGACCCCCACGAGGCACGCCUGACACACAGCGACACACAGAUUGUACCAGACUGUAGAUUAUUCUGAGGAGAAUAUCUCACACUCACGCAGUGUCACAUUGAUGGCUCACCUGUAAGCUGUCGCCGUGAACGAAUAUCUGGGCCACUGGAUCGCUGAGGUUGUAGAUGGUCUCUAUCUUCUCGGGGGCGAUGUAUUCUCCCUGUGCCAGCUUGAAGAUGUGCUUCUUUCUGUCGGUGAUCUUCAGCGUGCCGUUCUGCCACAAACCAGGAGAGAAACGCGCCUCGAAAGUUAAUGUUAAUCUGAUGUUCUGCUAGAUUUCAACACAUCCAGGCACAAUAAUCACAGAUCAGUCGUGCCCCCCCAGCCUGGGCUGCUUACAGGAAGCCAUUUCCCAAUGUCUCCCGUGUGCAGCCAUCCAUCCUGGUCGAUCGCCUCUGCGGUUUUCUCCGGGUCUUUCAGGUAUCCCUGGAAUACGUUUGGUCCUUUGACACACACCUCGAGAGGGGGGGACGAUAACAACAGGUGAAAAACCACAUUAACACAAGCACAAUGUGACUGUAAACACACUGAAAUGUCUCUACGGCUACUGGAUGGAGAGUCAGCCCCCCUGACUUUUCCUCCAGUGCCUCCAUGAGGUGUAAAAAUGUGUCUAAUGUUUAGUGCUAAUUAGCAAACGUUAGCUUGUUAACAUGCAGAACUAAGAAGCAAACAUCUGCUGUGCUACAGCUACUAGCAUGGCUGUAGACUCUUAUUCAGACUUAAUUAUUUCAUGUGUUAAUUGUGUUUAUCAGGAUUUAAUUUCAUGCACUAAUAAGAAGUUUAUUGUGCAGUUUUUCCUCAUUUGUUUAAUUAUUUUCAUUAAUUCUGUCUGGAAGAAAAAUAGAAAAUGCAGAUACUGAGCUGUUUUAAAGAAAAAGCUGCACCAGCUGUAACAGUACACCUCUUUUUUUAUGUGCUUUUAAUAGUUUUCUGCCUGUGUUUGAUCUCUUCAGGUCUCUGUUUAAGUCAAAUUAAA